UGGUAGACAGUUGUCAAUAGAAGAAUGAUUGUUACACCGGUUUUGUUGUGAACUUUUGAGAAUAAUAAAUAAUAAUUCAUAUUGUUUAAUUGUUAUAAACGACACAAUGUCAGAAGUGAAUGAAUUUAGUAAAUAUGACGAUGUUUUGACAUCAAUAUUAGUAAAUGAGAAGUCAAUAUUAGGAUUUUUAUCUGCAAUAUUUAAUUUCCUAGCAAGACGAACUGAUUUUUAUUAUGUUCCUGAAGGACCUUACGAGAAUAUGGGCUUUCCACCAGGUGUAGCUGAAGAACUGGUGCUUAAGGUGGUGCGUAAAUGUGAUCCAAAAGGGUGGACUGACAGCACUAAAUCUGCAGAUAUUAACAACGAAAUCAUGUGUUCAACGGUUGCCCAGGAAGUAGAAAUUGCUGCGGAAGAGGAUGACUCAUCACAGGAGUCUAAUAAGCCUGAUUCAGAAUCACAACUUGGGGAAAUGAAUCAAGGAGAUAACAUAGUCGGAUCAAAAGAUGACAGAUCUGUCUUCCCAGAAGACUAUGAACCACCAUACAUUCCAGUACAAAAGAGCAGUGAGUCUUAUAAUGGAGCUAUACAAGAAAAAUACUCCUGGGCACAGACUAUUGCUGAUUUAGAUGUAACACUCAAAUUACCACCAGAUAUAAAGCCAAAAGGAUUAAAAGUUACAAUAAAUCCUGGAGAUGUUUCCGUUUCUUACGGCAAUAAUGUAAUCAUCAAAGAUUCUCUCCCAUAUAAGAUUAAGACUAUGGAGAGCUUUUGGAGUGUGAGUGAAGGGAAGAUGUUAAUUCAUUUAGAAAAGGUACAAGAGAGAUGGUGGAACAAAUUUCUUGCCGGAGAAGAGGAGAUAGACCUAUCUAAAAUUGAUUGUUCAAGACCUUUGGAUGAUCUGCCAGAAGAUCAUGUCGCCAAGGUAAGAGAACUGCAAUGGAAUCAGGAGCAAAAGAUGAAAGGCCUUCCGACUAGUGAUGAAAUAAGAAAUAUUGAAAUCCUCAAAAAGGCCUGGAAUGCAGAGGGAUCUCCCUUCAAAGGAACAGAAUUUAACCCUAAUGUACUCAAAAAAUAAACUAUAUUAGCUGAUAUAAUAAUACUGAUAGCAUUUAUUUGCUACGAUAUAAUUAUUAUAUUUACUUCCUAAAAUAAAAAAUAUCUUUCCAAGCUUCUACAUCCCUUUUUAAGCUGUAGCUCAAGCAUUUUCUAGUUAUUAUAGUAAUCUGAAUAUCUGUUGUUAUUAUAUACUAACAUAACAAGCUUUGUCCUCGGUAUUUCCAUAAAUUCUCAGUAACACAAUGUUUUAUAUAAAGUCAACCGAGGACUAAUUUUUAACUUAUUAAGUGGAAAUCUACAACUAGAAUAUUUAAACUUUUCCGAUUGAGAACUAAUAAGUUAAUGAAAUGUUUUUGAAGUACAUAGUUGUAGUUGUUAAACUAGUUUUGAUUUUGUUAAGUGACUGUAGUUAAAAAUAGGGAGGAAUCCAGAAUAUUGAUUAAAAAAAUUUUGGUAGUAAAUAAAAUGUUUUUUAUCUAAUAGUUUGCUUCAAUUUUCACUGAUGGCUGAUUAGAAUCCGGAAAGCACAACUUUACCAAUCAUUCGUUUACUUUCCAAUAAUUUAUGUGCCUCUUUUAGAUUGUCAGCAUUAAUUGGUGAAAGCACUUUGGUAACAGUACUUUUUAAGAUUCCACUGUCUAACAUCUUUGACACCUCCUGCAAGAUCUCAUGAUGCCUGAACAUAUCCUCCGUUUCAUAUUUAAUUCUAGUUAACAUCAUUUCAGAAACCAGUGUGAUGCUUUUGUCUUUCAAAGGUUUCAAAUCAAUCAGGCCGCUGCUAUCGACAAUCAAGCAAAUUUUACCUUGCGGCUUAAUAGCUUUCAUCAUUGUGUCCCAGUAUGGGUAAGGAUCAUAAUUAACCAUAAUGAAGUCGACCUCUUUAAAACCCUUCUCUUCUAGCUGUGGUAAUAAAUCUUUAGUAUGGUUGAGAACAAAAUGGGAACCAUGUUCCAAGGUAUACAUUUCUGUCUCAUUUCUUGAUGCAGUGCCAAUCACUUUAAGACCUAAAUUAUUAGCCAAUUGUGAAGCUACAGCUCCAACCCCUCCUGCACUAUUGAUGAUUAACAAAGAUUUACCGGCAUCAUUUUUGGACAACAUUAGACGAUCAAACAAUGACUCGUAAGCUGUGACAGCUGUUAAAGGCAUGGCUGCUGCUUCUUCAAAUGUCAGAUUUUUGGGUUUUGAACCUACCAUGAUCUCAUUAAGUGCAACAUAUUGUGCAUUGGAACCAUUUUUCCUUAAAUCUCCAGUGAAAAAUACAGGGUCACCAAUAUUAAAUAUUUUACAACCGUCACCUCUUCCAACAACAGUGCCUGAACCAUCCCAACCUAAUAUUCGAGGGCUAGUUUCAAUAAUGGGUUUCGGGGAUCGUAGUUUUGUGUCAAUAGGAUUCACCGAGAUCGCUUU